AAAAGGAUGUCGAUGGGACCAUUAAAGGCUCAGAAGCGGUUUCGACCUGGUAGCGAGUAGUUUGCCCAGAGUUAUUUCAGUGUCUAGUUCUCAAAAUGUUGCGCCUCUUGAUGUUGCCCCUCUUCCUGUUCACCCUGUCGAUGGCUUGCAUGGGGCAGACAUUUCAAUAUUCUCGCGGCUGGACCAAUGGUAAACGUGCACCGCCUGCAACAGUCGUAGGCAAUGGCCACAAUCUCGGCCUAUUGGAUCUCUAUGAUAUUCCAGACGCACCCACUGAUCGUCGAUUGGAACGUUGUCUUGGACAUCUGCAGCACUUUGUGGGCAACAAUCUGUUGCAUCGUUCGUUUGCCAAUGGAUUGGCCUAUGAUGCCAACAGACCCGACUUGGAUGCCCCAGUUCGCAGUGGCAACAUUCGCACUAGAGCUAAUGCCAAUGCCAAUGCCAAUAAUAAUGAUAACAACUUGUAUGGCAACUCCAAUCAUCAUCAAUCAAGUGAACUCUAUGAUGCACUCAAUGCGGCUGUGGCAGCAUCUUCUUCUGCUGGUGAUUCUGUGGAACCUGGUGAUUAUGGCAAGCAUUAGAGGCGUUCAAAUUGGAAAUUGGUUAAACAAAUUAUAGUUGUUAUUAGCAAGAAAUGCUACAAAAAAAACUAAAAAAAAAAUGUAAAUGACAAUUUAAAGUGAAAUAUAU